AUGUACGGCCAUGGGAGAGACGCCAUGUGGCCGCCAAUGGACCCUGGGAGGCCGCACCAAGAGAUGAAGAGGGCCCUCGAAAGGCAAGCUGGGAAGAUGGAAGGGGCUUGGAAAGACUUUAGACAUCUCGUGGUUGGCAAGGAGCGGCUCAUCCAAGACACUGUCAUCAAGCUUGCCAGCGCUAACGGAAAGCUGCCCGAAUCCCAUACGCUCGAAGGAUUCUUGGAAAACGCCUGGAGAGAAGCUAGAGAUGAUUACAACAAUAAUUUCGUGGAGCAACCUGAUCGCAUAGGACGCGAUUACCGUUUGGACCCCCACGGCACCAUCGCGGAUGGCCAUUCCAGCGACCUCGACAUCUUUGCUCUGGACUUUCUCAAAGAUAUGUCUGAGAUCAUCUUGACGCAAGUGCAUCGGCACUACCCCCUGUAUCGGCAUGGGGCCAACUACAAAGACGAGAGCCAAACCCUGGCCGAGGUCAUGUGCAUCCAUCCAAAUGCGAUGGAUCAGCUAAAGAUGCCAGAGCCGAUAAAUGAAAAAAUCGGCUUUAACAAGAAUGUCGCUGAUCAUCUACGCAAGAUCAGGGCCAACUUUUUGGUACCCCAUAUCAACCUCAGGGACCUCCUCGAUCCAUACAACCUGCUCAGCUUCAUCCACCACCGUGCUCGGUUGGUCCCCUCGGAAUUUGCCCUGCUUGACAAUGACCUCAGCUACUUGGGCAGGCACUCGAUGAUUCUGUCUGGCUAUUUCGAUUGUGCGGUUACUGUUAGUCUCAGAGUACCCUCGGCGAAUAAUGAUGAAACCGAAAGCGAUCGCCCACUCGGAGUCUGGCCCGACCUAGAUCAAAGUCCUGAAAUUGAUCAAGAAACUGUUCAACAACAGAGGGGGCUGGGUAAUGCUGGGGAGUUAUUUGGGACCAUGGAAGCAUUCCUCAUCCUCCAGUCACAAACAAUCUCUUACCUAUUCCUGGGAAAACUCUGCGCGGCCUUGCUCAAGGAAGCGCAAGGAAAGACACCUGGACACUCGGUCCCCGUUUCGAAUCCAAACGAAGAAGCCGAGGCGUUGCGGACAAUCCAAGAUCUGAGGGGCAACAGUCGGGAAAGAUGGCAGGAUAUAGCGUCGAUACGUCAGUACGAACCGAUCCCGGCCACGCUGAACUUUGAGAGAUACCAGCAAAACAUCCUGUCAAAGAAGGACCAGGCCGAGGAACAUAUUAGACGAUUGUUCCAUGAACCCGAGUAUUUCUUUCAACAACUACUGGAGCAGAAAGAGCAUCAUUGGGUAAAUCUGGACAUUUCCUAUGACAAACAGCGGGACAAAUUCAUUGAAAAGUACCACCAAGAUAAGAACAUGCGUUAUAUUCUAUACGGCGAAUGCUUGAGGAACGUUCUUCGAAGAGCUGUUUUUGAGUACUUCAUGUGGAACGCAGUUGAGGAGACUCUGGUCGAGGUGACAAGGGUUGAGGUGAGGCAACCCCCCCAUGGAGGGGACACGAUGGUGCCGAGCACGCACAAGGAUGGCGCAAAGACUUGGCCACACGCAAAGUGGUCUACCUGCGGUAGCGAUUAUCACUACCUUUACACGUUUUACCUCAGGGUACAGACCAUGAUCCGCUACUUUGGAGUGUUUUUCGUGCUCGAGUUUCGCAACAAAGCUAUUCACGCAGCUUCUCAGCCGAUGAGAGACAUUUUCUGCAUAAAGAAGACCCCGGGGCGCAGGGGUAUAGCCAAAGGCGCAAGGUUCAAGAGAGGCCACUACAGGUCGGAUGAGAUGGAACUCUGCCUAACCAAGAAAACCCUUGCCGAAGACCGGGAAAACCUGACAAGAAUUGUUGCCGAACUGAUCGAAAACUUCAUAUCAAGCAAGACUUCUUCCAUGUAUAUGGGCAUGAGGAAAGUUACGGCGCGCCUCCAAAGAUACCUGGAUGACUGCGACGACGAGGAUACAGCCCAGGUCUUUUCUCCCCUUGUUUCCAACACCAUCGACGGCCUCGACCUGCUCGCGGAGCUCGCGGAGCACCUGGAACUUCACUUUCCUGUCCAUAGGUACCGGAUGGGCGACGUCAAGUUAACCGAGGAGGCGUUUUCGAACUCGUUGUCCACAAUGUCGAUUGACUUUAUGGCUUUUGACGAGUUUGAGGUCGAGAAAGUUCCUGAAAAGAGGCGCCAUCGCCUAUACCAGUACCUCGAUGAAAUGCAGGGGUUUUCAACCAACACGAUAAACUUUGGUGAACAAAGGGGCGACCUGAAGCGCCUCGGUUCAUGCCUAUUGCACACGCUCAUCUACAAGGACAACGAGAAGCAGAAAUAUCAAGCAAGGACGGAAGCACUACACAGACUGGCAAGUACGAUGGGAGUCACCAGGAACCAGUAUCCAUUUGACCAGCGGGAACCCCCCAUGGAUAUGGACAAGCUAGAGGACAUUCCUCAGCGGUGGCCAACCGACCAGUGGAAGAGUAUUCACCAACAACUGCUGGAUGACGAAAAGCGUAGGAAGAAGGAGGGCAAGAAAUCUGGGAAGAACAAGGGAGAGAGCUCCAACGACAAGGACGACCCCGUGGCCGACGUGCAGAAACGCAUGGAGAUCCUGAAAGCUCGACGGCAGUGGGAGACUGACCGAUGGAAUCGAGCCAAGAGGCGUCAAAAGGAGAAAUGGCGGAGGCGAGUCGCGGGAGCGGCCAAGCCUGGAGAUGCUGGGGCUGCAUCCGAGGAUGAUUCUGAAUCGGAAUCGGGACCAGCUGGCAACGACGACAACGCCGGGGACAUUGCUGGCGGCGUGCAGCGGCUCGGCAUCCGUGACCAACCUGGACUCCAACCGCCAGUCCAGAGACCUGGGCGACCUGGGCCCACUGACGUCUCACCACCGACACCGGAUCUGGCGCCAGACCACAAACCUCUCGGAAAGCUUAACAAGCGUGUAUGGAAGACGUUUAGGAGCAUCUUUGGCAAGAGUGAUUCACUUGUGUCGUGGGAGGAGCUCGUCCGGGCGAUGAACGCCAUCGGAUAUCAAGAUGAGGGUCGGGGAGGUAGCCACGGCGUGUUUUUGAGGACUGACAACUGCCGCUGGAGGACUGAGGCUCUGCCAAAGGCUAAGAACAUUCAGCUGGCCAAGUAUCACGGCGGCGGUAGGAAGGGGGCACCCCGAGGAAAAACAUUGGACUGGGGGACGAGGCUGGCGCAGAGGGGUUUCACAUGGAGCUUUUUUAGGCAGUGGUAUCGAGAGAAGUCUUGA